CAGUGUAAAAUUUCAUGCCUAAAACUGAAAGGAGGUCCUUACAGCCUUUUAGAAUAUGUUCUGUUUUCUUAGAUUUUGCUGUAUGUGUACAUAAACUGAAACCAUUAUUGAAAUGUUUUAAAGAAUGUCUUCGCCAUCACAGCUCCAUUGUAUCUUUAAGACAGUAGUUUUCCUUUUAAAUCCAGACAUAGGCAACCACUUUUAAAAGAUGGCUCUAAACAACAAAACAAACACAGGCAGGACAAAACACAAGGGAAUGAUGUAAAAGUUGCUUCUGUACUGCUUAUUCAGUGACAUUUGAGCUCCCAGCCUUGAUAAUCCUGCAACAUUUGUGACAAUGUCAGCAGCACACGGACCACCUGUAUGAAGUUAAACAAGAGAACUAAGAGUUCAUCUCUGACCUUUACUGGUCUGAAUUUGGUCAAGCACCACUUGUUCAAUAUUAAAAUCCAUUAAAGCUUCAGGAAAGCAAGGGUGAAGAUGUAGAUAAUUGAAUUAAUCACUGGUCCAUUAGUGCUGGCUCCUGUGCGAUUACCAGCUACAUACGGUAUAAGGGCUGCUGGAGUGUGGAGUGGGUCUUGGUAGAACCAGAACUGCUGGUGUCCACUUUUUGACUUAAUGUUGCAGAUAUGAAUGUACACAGUGUCUAUUUUAAUAUAUUUUGGUAGUUUUUAAUAAUUGUAUGACCAUAAUGACACAGCAGUGCACAAUUAACAAAGCUAUCAAAGUAAUGCAAAUAGGAGAAGACAAUUAUUUAAAAAGAAAACAGUGAAGUUUACAUUGAAAACAGUUGUAUUCUACAUCUGUGUUGAUGGUUUACAUUGGAUGAACUGGUCAGUACUUGUAGCCAGUGUUUGUAUGUUAAUGCUGGACGUUGUCUGAGGAAAAAUCUGCACCUGAACAGGAGCCCGUCAGCCCUGAAUUACUCCCAAACAGAGAGGACUUUAAGCAUUUCUCUUUACUCCUACAUAUUAGCAUAUACAUCCAUCCUGUCAAUGCUGUGAAUGCAAAGGUGGAGCAUCGAAUGAUUGCCAGGGUGACGAGCUAAAUGCUCGUCUAUGGGGCAGAUUUGCAUUUAUGCAUUUUGUAUUCACUCAGAUGAACGAUUGACUGUAAGCCACCAGCAGGACGCAAGGCUGAAAUGGUUACAUGAAUGUGCAGACAAUGAGAAAGGAAUGUGAAGGUUUAGGUUAAAACACUCAUAGAAUAACAAACUAUCAGGACAGCAAAUUGGAAAAAAUGUUACCAAGAUGUUUACAAAGGUUAGAUUUUUAUACUUAAAUGCAAUGAGUGUGUGUUGUGUGGAUGGCAAAGUUAAAGCAACAAUGAUUGUCUUAAGAACUUCUGCUGGAUUUUAUGCACAUUCGCCACUUGUAAAAUGAGUGAGUAGUAUUUUAUUUGUAUCGCCUUACAUAGCUGAGAAAUUGGCCACUACAGUGUCAUUGCAUAGAGUCUGAACUUACUACUUUAUUGACAAGAACUUGUCUCUUUCUGACUGCUGAGUGUUUGGAUUUUUUUCUUACAUCUCUCAUGUGGUAUUUAUUGAAAUGAUGGAGAUUGUAUAAACUGUACAGCAGGUGCAUGCAUGGUGGGGAUAACUGAUUGGGCUCACUAUAAGUCUGUUUGCAUUAUGAUCAGCUUAGUGGGAGUUGCAAAAGUGUUACAGGAAACAUUGUUGAGCCUUAAAAAUCACUUUAAUGGAAUACAUCAACCAGAACGAAUGUUUCCUAUAAACAUUUUGGCUUAAAAUGAUCAAUGAAGGUCUUUGAUCACAAAGUCCAGAUCUGCCCUGAUCCACUUUAUAAACCACCUCAUGUUUUUUUGUUGCUAAAUCUUCCUUCAAGUCCAUGCAAUGUUCUCAUGGUUCAAACAUUUUGCUACAGCCACACAGAAUUAUAGUCAACACCAUUAAAGAAGGAAGUAAAAAUGUGCAAGUGAAGUAGAAAAACAGCAAGUAGUAGGCAAAAGAUCUCUGAUCAGUGAUCUAAGGCCUUUUGUGACGUCACCAGAGGAGAUUUUAUCUUGAUUAAAUAGUGAUUUAUAACAAAAAAGCAAAAUAAACAGAACCACUGAAUAUGAGAGGCUGUUAUUAAUGUGAGAAACAUUAUCUAAAGUGAGUUUGAUUACUCUGAAAGAUCUAGGCUGUAGCUUUACAAUUUAUCAGCGCUUACAUGUGUCUACUAAAUUGCAUUUAUUUUAUUUUAUAAAUGAACCUAUCUCAUGAUAAUGAUUGAUGACAUUAAAUAAACCAGUGUUCGAAAAAUUACUGAAAAUGUGAAUACAAUUAAUUGUUUAAUUUUUGUCAAAAUCUUUACCACUGAACUGCUGUCGUCAACCAAAUUAAACUGGGAGAUGAGGAGAAAUUUUAUUUAUGACUUCUACAAAUAAACAAAGAGUGCCGCAGUUACAAAGAAGACAAACGAAUAAGGUUUCUGUAUAAUUUGAGAUGUAUUUUAACAGCUCUGUGUGCCUACGUCGGUAAAGGCAGUAAAAACUAGCAAACCACAGAGCGUGUAGGUUUGUAAAUUAGCAGAACGAGAUUCCUGCUUUUUGAUUGGCUCAUUCAGACGUGGGUGGCGGCUGAUUGGCUAUUGGGUGCGCAGCGGUAGAAAUAAGAGAACUGCAGCUCCUCAUCCUCAACUCAGACGGCAGGAGUCAAACUGGAAACUUUGUUUUCUCUGCGGCACCACCGAACGAAACGGGACGUUUUUCUCUUUAUGGGACGAAUUAAACCCGCUGAACAAGCAAGAUCACAUCAGAAGAGGUGACUAGUUGAGAAACGAGAUCAAGACGAGAUGCUUUGCUUGCGUGACUCAAGUGAUUGCUUGCAGAAGCAGAUGCACUACAUGAUGAGGUCACUGCAAGAUUUGAAGCAGCUACGGAAAGCCUGUCCUGAAGUCCGGCAUCCUCUCGCUCCCCUCAACAACCAGCUACCAGCCUUAGCGCGUCACUCCGUGGUGGCACGGGCUUGCCAGCAGCGGGCUCUGCAGCGAGAGCAACGCGCACGUCUGCGGAUAUCCAAUGCCAGCACGGCCAGCACCUAUGAUUUAGCCAGCUGCCUAUCUAGCCCCCUGGAGGAGGGAGACGAGGAUGACGAAUCAAGCAGCAGACUGGGACUGGGCCUCAGACUGGAUCUGCACUCUCCAUGUAGCCAGAAGAGUUUGGAGUUUGAUUCGGGUUAUUCUGAGGCAUCCUGGCAGGAUGAUGGUGUUGUUCUCCGGAGGACAAGAAACGUGCGGGUUUCGUCCUCUGCCUGCGCCCGGAUGAACAGGGCACCAAGCGGACGCAUUAGACCUAAAUCCACAUCCGACGCCUGCCUUGAAACAUGGACUUCUUUUGAGGGCAGUGACCCAGAGGACUGGACUAACUCCUUACUGACCAGAGGGCGCAACCGCCAGCCUUUGGUUUUGGGUGACAAUAGUUUUGCAGAUCUCAUACAGAACUGGAUGGACUUGCCAGAUUGUCCGGAACCCACAGAACUGAAACCAAACUCCAGGCGGAAACUGGGGAGAGGCUUCUUUGGCAACAUGAGGAAGAAGCUGUCUGGCUUCUCUAAGACUGUGGAAGACAGAGUGAGGAUGAGAUCCACAGACUCGUCUCAUCUUAACAGAGCCGCCAAUGCUCUGAAGCGUGUGUCCUGUCCUGUUGUGGCAUCACAGCCUAAUGUCCCAUUUUUCCACCAGUCAAACGUAGGCAUCAAUAAACUGGGCUCAGACUUUUACCACUUUGCAGGUGUUAUGAAGUCAGGCAGCCGACAGCCGAUAAUAUGCAACGACAUCAUUGGCUACAUCUGACAGAUGCUAGUCUAUGUGAAGACUGGAGAAUCCAUAGAGUCACUUUAUUUUUAUACAAUUGCUUCUCACUUUACAUAUUCUGUUGUUAAAGUAUUGGGAAUAAAGAUGUUCUCCUGACUUAAA